GUUGCCUAGUCCAGCCUUCGUUAAGUAUAGUCUCAUGAUUGUCAAACACGUGCUGUUUUUAUCGUUUUAAGGUUAUGGUAUAUGAGUGUUUAGAAUUCUUAGCACACGCCGAUAUUCAUCAAUAUUAUAUCGUUGAACAUAUAAAUAAUAUAAUUAAUAGUCAAUAAUGGAAAAUCAAGAAGAGCCAAGGCGAGACAAUAAACGUAAAAAGAAAAAGCGAUCUUCUCAUCAAAUGGCUAAAAAGGUUGCUAGAAGUCGCAGUUAUGGAGAACUUAAUGCUGAAACUUAUCAGUACAUAAGUAGUAUUUUAGAAGCAAUUACUACAGAAUUUCCUAAAAUACAAGAUAAAGACAUUUUUGCAAACAAUGUUUAUGAACAAGCAGUUGGAAAAGAAAUUGAUUUUGCCAGAAAUCAGGUUGGUUCCAGAGUUCUUGACACUUUGUUAGAGUACACUAGUUUUGAAACUAUUGUGAGAUUCGCAGGUGCCUUUGAUAGUGCGCUGAGACCUAUUUGUAGUGAUAGAUUUGCAUCUCAUGUAAUAGAAAAACUAAUACGAGUUUGUGCAUACAGAGGUAAUUUAUCUAAAACAGAAUCAGAUAAAAAGGUUGAAGUUAAAGAUUCAGAAGUAAAAAAGUACAAUGAAAUCGCUUUGAAAUUUUGUAAAUAUGCUAUUAAUAACAUUGAAGAAUUCAUAUGGGAUACCUAUGCCAAUCAUAUUCUAAGAACUGCCAUAGAAUGUCUUGGGGGAUUAAUUACUGUCCAAUCUAACAACAAAAAGAGAGGAUCUCCUGAUUUAAGUAAAAGAAGUAAAGUAAAAGAAGAGUACAUAGAACUAUUGGUAGAAACAUGCAAUCGGCUUUACCAAUUCCCACAGUUCCAAGAGUUUAAUCAUGAUGAGCUCACUUCUGGCCUGAUGCAAUCAGUUUUGUACUCCCUCAAAGAUGUUGACUCAAAGCUUAAUAGUUUAAUAAUAAAAAAAAUAAGUACAGAUUGCUUUAAUCCAAGUACAGAUAACAGUGUAUCAAAUAUUUUUAAUACAGAAUGUUCAAUCAGAUUAUUAGAAGUUUGCCUUGCAGUAUCAACUUUUCAAGAUUUUGACGAUAUUUAUGGAAGAUAUUUCAAAAAUCAAUUUGGCAAAUUAGUAUCGAUGAUCAGUGCUAACUUUUGUGUACCAAAGGUAUUUGACUACUGUCACAAAAAAGAAUGUUUAGAAAGUAUGUUUGAUGAAAUCGCAGAGUACUUGGAACAUAAUUUAUCAAAAGGUCACAAAGGCAUUUUUGCUAGUGUAGCCAAUGCUUGUGUUAGAUUACAUGCAAAGCAAGGACCAUUUGUAAAUCUUAUGAUGAAGAUUUUACACUGCGAUGAACCAAACGAAAGGCAAGUUUUAUUUGUACCUUUACUUUCAUCACUUCAAACUUAUGAAAAUUAUCAAAGUUUGAAAAAUAGUAAUGAGUCAAAGCCUAAAAUAGAAAUAUAUGGCAGUGUAACCGUACAAGCAAUGUUGAAAUUCAAUAAACCUAUAAAAAUAGUCAAUUCAUUGCUCAGCAUGAGUACUGAAGAUUUGCUAGAAUUAUUUGAAGAUCCUAAAGGUAGUUGGAUUAUGGAUGCUUUCAUGGACAGUGAGUAUAUUGGUGAAAAGAGUAGGGAAAAACUUGCCAGAAAUCUUCGUGGUACUUGGGCAAAGCUUGCUACUAGUACUCAUGGUUCAAGAAGUUUAGAUAAAAUAUGGACAUGGGCUAAAUCAAAUCAAAGGAAUAUUAUUAUGGAAGAUUUGGCCGAAGUAGGCCAGUUGCUGCAUUCUACAAAUGCUGGUAAAAUAAUAUCUGCAAAACUGAAUGUUCCUCUAUAUAUAAGGAAUAAGAAAGAGUGGGCUGAAUUUCAAGGCAAAGAACAAAAAAUGAAAGCUCUUUUCGCUGAUAUUGUUGAUAAUCCAAAGAAGAAUAAUUCAUAAUACUUUUUUA